AUGUCCGCAAAGAGAAAGCUGGAGCCAACCGUUGAGGAAGAGUUGAUUGAUGAAUCUGAUCAUCUUACCUUCCUUUGCCUUGGUGGUGGAAAUGAGGUCGGGCGUUCAUGCCACAUUUUGAAGUACAAGGGAAAAACCGUUAUGCUCGAUGCGGGGGUCCAUCCUGCCUACGAGGGGUUAGCCGGACUGCCGUUUUACGACCAAUUCGACCUCAGCACCGUGGAUGUUUUGUUGAUUAGUCACUUUCAUUUGGACCAUGCGGCAAGUCUGCCGUAUGUUAUGACGAAGACGAAUUUUAGGGGUAGAGUCUUCAUGACGCAUCCGACAAAGGCGAUCUACAAGUGGUUAAUUCAGGAUAGUGUACGAGUCGGGAACGUGCAUAAUUCUCCGGACAAUCUCUACACUGAAUCGGAUCACCUCUCGAGUUAUUCCCGUAUUGAAGCUAUUGACUACCAUACCACACUUACGCAUGCCGGGAUUUCAAUUACCCCGUAUCAUGCGGGACAUGUGCUUGGGGGUGCUAUGUUCUUCAUUGAGAUAGCUGGUUUGAAGAUUCUGUUCACGGGCGAUUACUCCCGUGAGGAUGACCGACAUUUAGUGUCUGCCGAAGUCCCUCAUCAAAAGCCUGAUCUACUAAUUUGUGAAUCCACCUACGGCACAGCGACUCAUAUGCCGCGUCUGGAAAAGGAAGCACGACUAAUGAAAAUGACUACUGAAAUUCUCAACCGCGGCGGCAGAGUAUUAAUGCCAGUGUUUGCCCUGGGUAGAGCACAAGAGCUACUCCUAAUUUUAGAUGAAUAUUGGGAGAAACAUCCAGCGUACCAGAGCUACCCCAUAUACUACGCAUCGAACCUGGCUAGAAAGUGUAUGGAUGUUUAUAGGACAUAUAUAAAUACCAUGAACGAUAAGAUAAAGCGCGCCAUGUUCGAGGGCGAGGGGAGAAAUCCUUGGGACUUCAGAUGGGUUAGGUCACUAAAGACUAUUGAUCGGUUCGAGGAUGUUGGUGGCUGCGUUAUGUUGGCUAGCCCGGGUAUGCUGCAGAACGGUGUCUCUCGUGAGCUUCUAGAACGCUGGUGCCCAGACCCACGCAAUGGCCUGGUAAUAACUGGCUACAGCGUAGAGGGCACAAUGGCUAAGCAGAUCAUGAAUGAGCCUACCGAGAUCCCCGCCGUCGUGACUGCCAACCGUAGUGGGUCCACUGCCAGCCGCGGCGUCGAUGGGCAGGUAAUGGUUCCCCGCCGGUGCAGCGUCGAAGAAUUAUCCUUCGCGGCGCACGUAGACUACGCUCAGAACUCGGGCUUCAUAGAGGAGGUCGGGGCAAAGGUUGUCAUCUUGGUGCAUGGGGAGCAGAACAAUAUGGGGCGACUCAAGUCUGCCCUACUUAGCAAAAACAGCGACCGAAGAGAUAAAGAUAAGGUCAAGAUAUACAACCCCAAAAAUUGCGAAGAGUUGCGCAUCCCAUUUAAAGCAGAUAAAAUUGCAAAGGUCGUCGGCAAACUUGCGCAAAAACCUCCGGGGACUCAGACACUUGCACUGAAGGAGCAGCUGCUCACCGGAGUACUGGUACAAAACGACUUCAAACUCUCCCUUAUGACACCCGACGACCUUCGCGAGUACGCGGGACUAACGACUACCGUCGUUAGCUGCCGUCAGAAGAUCCCGAUCCGCGCGGCGGGGGUUGGCCUCGUGCGCUGGAGUCUGGACAACAUGUUUGGUGCGGUUGAAGAAGGUGUCAAGCGCAAGAGUGGGAAUACAUUCAAGAUUAUGGACACUGUUACUGUUCGCUGUAGGAAGGGAUAUGUGGAGUUGGAGUGGGUUGGGAAUAUGCUGAACGAUGGAAUCGCCGAUGCUACGGCUGCGGUAUUGAUGGGAUUAGAAACUAGUCCUGCGGCUGUUCGACACUCCUCAACAUCACACAUCCAUACUCACUCCUCCACCCUCUCCGAGAUCCCUGAAACCUCCCCGCACGCACAUAUUCGCCAUUCCGACCGCAUAGAACAAGUCCUAACAUUCCUAGAAGCUCAGUUCGGCGACUGCGUUACCCCUCUCCCACCCGGGUCGCAACCCGCUUCCUCCACCACCCUGCCACCCAAAUCGAUCGCGGAGACUGCCACCGCCACUACUACUGCUGUCGAUGCUGGAGCCGCGGACGGGGAAAUGGAUGUAGUACAGGAAAUGAGAGAUGUGGUACCGGGGGUUCAGAUCAAAAUCGAUAAUAUCGUCGCAAACGUCUGGUUCGAGAAUCUUGAUGUCGAGUGCCGGAACGAGAGUUUGAAAAUGAGAGUUAAGACGGUUGUCGAGAGGGCUGUGGAGACUGUUGCGCCGUUUGUGGACUUGCUUGGGGGGUAUUAA